UUAGUAAAUUGGGAGGUUAUUCUACUGUUAUACAACAAUGUUUUGUUUUAGUUUCUUUUUAUUUAAAUAAUUAGUAUGAAAUAUUCAAACGAUUUGCCACAAAUGGAAGAUCAGGUAUGGUCAGACCUGAUCAAUCUGCCAGCAGAUCCUCCGGAAAUGAGGGACAUCUGUUCGGGCUGCAGAAGACCUUUCGUUGUAUGUUGGUGCGCUUCGUGCCCUUCGCCACCGCUCUCCCCCAAAUGCAGAGUUGUCAUACUACAGCAUCCUGCCGAAGAGAAGCGGUGCCUCAGGACUGCGCCAAUGCUCAUGAAAGGCCUGCAGGAGGGCAAGUGCCUUCUCUACAAGGGGAAAAAGUUUCCCCAGCUUAAGCAUAUAGGUCUAGCAGAUAUAAUUACUGACACGAAUACAAUUCUCCUGUACCCUUCCAAGGAUUCAGUUGAUAUCAAUUGCCUUCCAAAAGUUGAUGACAUAGAAUCAUAUUAUAACUUGAUUUUAAUUGAUGGAACUUGGCCUCAAGCAAAAGGCAUGUACAACAGCACUCCCCUACUUCAUAAAAUAAAACAGGUGAAAUUGACCCAUCAUACCAAAAGUGAGUAUGUGAUACGGACUCAACCGACAGACGGAUGUCUUUCAACUUUGGAAACUGCUGCAGAAGCCUUGUCCAUACUUGAAAACCAAAAUUACAGAGAUGCGUUGCUCCAGCCUCUUAAAAAGCUGUGUGAAUACCAGUUGAAUCAUGGUGCAGUUAUCCAUGACAGCACUGAAUACAAGGUUAAAAGCAGUACCUACCCAAAAAGGAUAGGGAAGAGGUUAAAUAAAUUUUUAAAAGUCUUUGAUGAAGUUUGAUGUGUUUUGUUGUCUAUCUUUUUUUUUAAACUAAUAAUCAAAAUGUAAAAAUUAAUACAUUAUGUUAAAGGACAUUAUGUUAAUAUGUUCAAUGUUAAAGGUGCAUUAAGCCUUUCAGAUUAUUAAAUUUAUGCUGUUAUCGUUCCUAUCUGCAUAUAAAUCAAAUAUAUAACAAAUAUAUAUGUUAAAUAAUAAAUUAACACGCUGACU